GAACGGCACUGCAGAAGCAGGCGAGUUUGCUUAGGUAUCGAUUUUACGAUCGUGUCUCUGGCGGUUAGUGUGUCCGAUUCGUUAGUUUUUAGUGGCCGUGCUCCUCGUUGUUACAUGAAGGAUUUUUACGUGAAUGGAAUUAUUAACUGUAAAUUGUUGUAAAUCUAACGUCCGUUGACUGUCGUGUAACUCGUCAUAAAACCAUGACUAAGGAUAGAUUAGCAGCCCUCGUAGCGGCUCAGUCGGAUGACGAUGAAGCGCCCGACGAGGUGUCCGUUAACGUGGGCGGGCAGGAAGAUUUCAUGACAGAAUUUUUUGCGGAGGUGGAGGAGAUCCGCGAAAUGAUUGACAAUAUCCAGACGAAUGUCGAGGAAGUGAAGAAGAAGCACAGCGCCAUCCUGUCGGCGCCCCAGACAGACGAGAAAGUCAAAAUGGAACUGGAGGAUCUAAUGGCCGAUAUAAAGAAAACUGCUAACAAAGUUCGAGCAAAAUUAAAGGUGAUAGAACAGAAUAUCGAGACGGAAGAGCAUACGAACAAAUCUUCCGCGGAUUUGAGGAUACGCAAAACUCAGCACUCGACAUUGUCAAGGAAGUUUGUCGAGGUUAUGACCGAGUACAAUCGGACGCAAACCGAUUACAGAGAACGGUGUAAGGGUAGAAUACAACGACAGCUUGAGAUCACGGGGAGAACUACGACUAAUGAAGAGCUCGAGGAAAUGCUUGAACAGGGAAAUCCUGCAGUAUUCACGCAAGGGGUGAGUUCUUAUACUCAAGUAAAAAUAAUUAUGGAAACGCAACAAGCCAAACAGACCCUUGCUGAUAUUGAAGCACGUCAUGCUGACAUUAUAAAACUCGAAAAUUCAAUCAGGGAACUUCACGAUAUGUUUAUGGAUAUGGCAAUGUUAGUCGAGAGCCAGGGCGAGAUGAUAGAUCGCAUAGAAUAUCACGUGGAGCACGCGGUCGACUACGUGCAGACGGCCACGCAGGACACCAAAAAAGCACUCAAGUAUCAAAGCAAAGCCCGACGGAAGAAGAUCAUGAUCAUGAUUUGUCUUGCUAUUCUUGCCGUUAUUGUUGCCACUACUAUUGGUGGAUACUUCGGACUGUGAACACCUAAACUAGGGAAGUUCACGAACAACGAGAUCAAACGAAGAGCAACAAACGUCUGGUUAAUCAAGUGCGCUUCGUUCGUUGUCAAUACGUUGUAUCACACUCAUAACAAUAAUAAUUAUAUUAAUAAUAAAAAAUCGUCUGGCACGCCGAUGAGUAACAAUUCACUGCUACGAUUUAAGUCAUACAGCAAGGUGAUCAUUACACCUCAUUACCAUUAUAAUAUUCAUAACAGUAAUAAUAAUAAAAUUAAUAUAAAUAAUAAUUAUAACUAUAAUACUAAUAAUAGUGACAUUAUUCAUACAAUCAUUAUCAGUAGGUCAUGACUAUAAAAACCAUUGCACCUUCAUUAAGUCGAAAAUCGCUGCCCGUAAUUUUAUUUUAUUUAAAAAAAAAUUUACAAUUUUUUUAUCGUCGAAACUUUUAUUUAAAAUAAUAAUAAUCAUGAUUAUUUUAAUUGUUACCGCAGUAUUCAAUUGAAUUAAUUUAAUUAACAUUAAUUGAAGUACUAAUCAAGUAUUCGAAAGCUGAUUUAAUUAAAUUAAACAAUAAUCGACGUUAAUGAGUUACGACACAGUGAAAUAAACAUAAUUAGAUUUUUAUUAUUAUUAUUAUUACUAUAUAUAAAAAUGGUCCAUCACUAAAAAAUAAUCAUUUAGCUGUCGGUACUUGAGGCAUAAGUUAAUUGAAAAUUAAAAACUAAA